CAGAGGAGGUGGAGACAAAUGUGAGAUUGAAAUAUUAGGAAAAGGUUAGGAGCGGCUUUCCAGUACAAGAUAUAAAAACCAGAAGCACAGGAGGGUUAACUGCAGAGGAGUUUCAGAAGUAAAAGCGUCAAAUGUGGGUGAAAAGGGAAAUAAUGCCACAGAGACCUCUUGUCUUUCUGGCAAUCACAGCAGCUGUUGUUCUAACUGCUCAAGGAUCAUGGAGAAGAGACAACAAAGCGUCAGAUGUCUACCACUCUAAUGAUCACUACAUGUGGACGACAUGGUUCAACGUUGAUCACCCGGGCGGCCGUGGAGACUAUGAGCAGCUGGAUGCCAUUCGCUUCUAUUACCGCUCCAGAGUGUGUGAGACUCCAAGAGCUGUUGAGGCCAGAACCACAGAAUGGAUCCCAGCUCGAGAAACGGGGGAGAUAGUUCAUGCAGACCCCUCAGUGGGUUUCUGGUGCCUCAAUACAGAACAGAGUCCUGGUCGCAACUGCUCCAACUAUGCAGUUCGUUUCCUCUGUCCUAAAGAUAGCAGUCAAACUACCCAAGGAACAUGGGGUCCUUGGUCAAACUGGAGCCCAUGCCCUGCCCUUUGUGGUCAAGAGGCCAUGCAACGUCGUUAUCGAAGCUGUCGGUCUCAACUGGUACCAUGCAGUGGGCCUAAAACAGAGGAAAAGCCAUGUAAUGGGCCAGAAUGCAUAAAUGCAGAUUGCUCCCUGCGCUGUGUGAUGGGGAGAGUAAAUGCAGACUGUGAUGCAUGCAUGUGCGAAGAGCACAUCCUCCUGGGUUCCGUCCGCAGUGCGGGCGGUCUCAUUGCUACAGGAGCGGCUAUCCUGCGGGCCAACAAACUGCUUACUCUAACAGACCACAACGGCCACUUUCGCAUCCCUGGUAUCUGCCCUGAUGGAAACACAACCCUCACAGUCAACGUCAAAGGCCAUGCAAGCCUCAACGCUGUUGUUCCCAGCAGCACCGAACGCACCUCUGUUUUGACCAUCCAGUUGAAAAGAGCCGAAAAGUUGCAUAUCUUGAGCAACCCUGAGAGCAAAGCCAGGAGAGAGGGGCAAAGUGUUGCCUUUUGUUGUAAAGUUGCAGGAAGACCAGAACCAGACAAAUACCAGUGGUUCCAUAACAACACAGUCAUGGAGAUGGAGACUGAUGGCAUGCUAGUCUUGAGAGAUCUACACUCCCAGCAGGCCGGAGAGUACUACUGCAGAGCAAGUGGGGCAUCUGGGACCAUCAAGUCUAAGCCAGCCACUCUUAAAGUAAUUGGUAAAGAUGAGCGCUCGUGCAACCCCAAGCCUGAAUCUCACCUAAUCCGCCUUCCACAUGACUGCCACCAAAACACCACAGACUCUUUCUACUAUGAUGUUGGAAAGUGUCCGUCUAGUCAAUGCACUGGACAGAUAGACAACAGCAUAAGGUGCAAGGACAAACUAGCUUAUUGCUGUGGAGUGGCAAAGAUGGAGGAGAGACAGCUGACAUGCCAAGGAUACCAACUACCAACCAUGGUGGUUACUGAGUGUGGCUGUAAGAAAUGUGUGGACACCAAGGCCGUUGUGCAUGGCAGGGCCAUUGCUGCAGACAACGGUGAGCCAAUGAGAUUCGGUCAUAUUUUCAUGAAUGGCGUCAGAGUCAGCAGGACGGGCUACAAAGGCACCUUCUCCAUCCAGGUCCCUCCAGACACUGACAGAUUUGUGCUAACUUUUGUGGACAACAUGCAAAAAUUUGUCAACACAACAAAGGUGCUUCCAUUUAAUACUAAAGGGGGGGCUGUUUACCAUGAGGUCAAACUUCUGCGGAAAAAAAAUCCUGUCACUAUUAGUUCCUUAGAAACUAACACUCUUGAGCUUGGGGAAGUAAAAGACCAGGAGGCCAUGGUUCAGAUCCAGAUUCCUCCUCAUUCCUUCUACAAAGAAAAUGGGGAAGUCUUUACAGGUAAUGUUAGUGCAAGUGUGACAUUUCUAGACCCCAGGGAUGUCUCCACAGCUGCUGCUGCUCAAAGUGAUCUAAACUUUAUAGGAAAUGAAGGUGAUACACUCCCACUGAGAACAUACGGAAUGUUCUCAAUCGAUUUCAGAGCCGAGGAAAACAAUGAGGUCCUGAAUGCAGGUGAAGUCAAGGUGUUUCUGGAUUCUGCCCAAGUAAAAAUGUCAGAACACCUUGACGCCAUGAAACUGUGGUCUCUUAAUCCUGACACAGGUUUAUGGGAAGAGGAGGGUGAUCUAAAAAUAGAAAGGAAAAAUAGAGGUAAAAGAGAAGAAAGGACAUUUCUGAUUGGAAACAUGGAGAUCAGAGAAAGAAGGUUAUUCAACUUGGAUGUUCCCGAGAACCGAAGGUGUUAUGUAAAAGUGAGGGCCUUUCGUGGUGAACGCUUCAUGCCCAGUGAACAAGUGGAGGGAGUCACGGUGAGUCUCAUUAAUAUGGAGCCAACGGCUGGAUAUUCCUCCAACCCACGUGCCUGGGGUCGAUUUGACAGUGUCAUUACUGGGUCAAAUGGUGCCUGCCUUCCUGCCUUCUGUGAUGAACAAAAGCCUGAUGCUUACACUGCUUUUGUAAUGGCCAACCUAGGAGGGGAGGAACUAGAAGUUGUUCCAUCUGCCCCUAAAUUUAAUCCAAGUCUCAUCGGAGUGCCCCAGCCAUACCUGGGUAAACUGAAUUACAGACGCACUGACCAUGAGGACCCCAGAGUGAAGAAGACAGCAUUCAGUAUCAAUGUGGCAAAACCAAGUCCUAACACAGCAGAGGAAGCCAAUGGGCCUGUGUACACUUUUGAGAAUUUAAAAGAAUGUGAGGAGGCUCCAUUUAGUGCGGGACACUUCCGCUUCUCAAGGGUGGAAGGAGACCGCUACGAUUACAACACAGUGCCAUUCAAUGAAGAUGACCCAAUGAGCUGGACAGAGGAUUAUCUUAGCUGGUGGCCUAAACCCAUGGAAUACCGCGCCUGUUACAUCAAGAUCAAAAUCAACAGCCCACAUGAAAUCAAUGUACGGUCUCGCAACAUGGGUGGCACCCAUCCAAAGACUGUAGGCCAGCUAUACGGCCUCAGAGACACUCGCAGUAUCCGAGACAUGGACUUGGCAAAUGUUUCGGCUGUGUGCCUGGAGUUCAAGUGCAGCGGCAUGCUAUUUGAUCAAGACCGUGUGGAUCGCACCUUGGUGAAGGUGAUCCCACAAGGGAGCUGCAGGAGAGACGGUGUGAACACAAUGCUCCAAGAGUACCUUGUUAAUCACCUGCCUUUAGCUGUCAACAAUGACACCAAUGAGUUCACCAUGCUGGGACCUCUUGAUCCUUUGGGCCAUAACUAUGGAAUCUAUACUGUGACUGAUCAGGAUCCCCGAACAGCCAAAGAGAUAGCACUAGGACGUUGCUUUGAUGGUACUUCUGAUGGAACGUCACGAGUCAUGAAGACCAAUGAAGGUGUAGCGCUAACUUUCACCUGUGGAGACCGCGACGGAACACGCCAGAGCGUCUUCCAAGCCUCUCGGGGUCAGAUAGGUGCAGUUGUGAGAGGAAAAACCAGAAACACCAGGGGUCGGCAUAGGGCCAAUAGCUCCCGCGGCAUCCCUAAACGUAGUGCCAGAAAUCCUGUGAGAAAGCUUGCAAAAGCCACAAGCUAAAUUAGACAAAACUCAAAGCUUUAUAUCAACAACUAAACACCUACAUCCCAUCAUGAAGGAAUGUAAGUAUCAGGACACCUAUAGUUUUUACUUUACCCAGUUUACCAAAAAUAUAUACAAGUAAAAGUUAUGUUAUGGGUAUGUGCUUAUAGUGCAGGCUCUAAGCUUUAAUGGGAGUCCACAUUGGAGUAAAAACUUAAAUAAUAUACUUUUUAAUAAUGCAAAACCCUCUUUUUCAGGGCCCAUGUGUAACCAGGUUAAAAUGCAUACCAUUAAAUAAAAUUUGACUUUUGAUCAAAUUGAA